AUGCGCCCCGCGCCGCUGCUCGGGCUCCUGCUCUGGGUGCCGCUGCUCUGGGCGCCGCCGCCGCCGGUACGCGGCCUCCGCCACGGCGUCCACUGGAACGGCAGCAACCCCAGAGGUGUCUGCUCCACCCCAGCCUGGCCGCACGCGCUGUUUGCACAGGCGGCAGCUCGUUGCCGUCCCAGCAGCCGUGCCGCUGCCUGCCUACCCGCCCCGCCCGACCACCCGCUCUUGCCGGGACGGGGGUGGGCAGCGGGGUGUCCCACCCGGGGACAGCCCUGGCGCCUCGCUCCCCGGUUCACCCUGCCCGGCAGGUUCCUACGGGACGACUACGCCAUCCAGGUGGCCAUCAAUGACUACCUGGACAUCUACUGCCCGCACUACGAGGGGGCCGUGCCCGCCGGCCGGGCAGAGACCUUCACGCUCUUCAUGGUGGACUGGGAGGGCUACCGCGGCUGCUACGAGACCCCCGGCGCCUUCAAGCGCUGGGAGUGCAACCGGCCGCAGGCGCCCUUCGGGCCCGUCCGCUUCUCCGAGAAGAUCCAGCGCUUCACCCCUUUCUCGCUCGGCUUCGAGUUCCAGCCGGGGGAGACCUACUACUACAUCUCUGUCCCCAGCCCCGAGAGCGCCGGGCGCUGCCUGAAGCUGCGUGUCUCCGUCUGCUGCAGAGGCACCACGCCGGAGCCGGUGACGGAGGUCCCCAAUUCGCAGCCUCGCGGGCGCGGGGGGCCCGAGGACGUGGUGCCCGCCCGGGGCAUCGUGGCCCCGCUGCGGCCAUGCGCCCCGUGCCUGGCGCUGGUGCUCCUCAUCCCGCUCUGGAUCUGA